GGGAACAAGAUGGAGCAGAACAAACGGGUGUCCUUCUCAGAGGAUCCAAAGAAGUCCGUGAAGGCAUCCAAGGGCCCUGGAGAAAAGUGGAAAGUUGGCCCAAACUAUGAAGUGAAGCAGCUCAUCGGGACGGGCUCCUAUGGGAGCGUUUGUGAAGCCUUUGACACCUCUAAGAAGUGUCUGGUUGCUGUGAAGCGCAUUGGGCACAUGUUCGAGGAUUUGGUGGAUUGCAAGCGCAUUCUGCGAGAAAUUGCAAUCCUCUCGAAGCUCAAACAUGAGUAUAUCGUCCGACUUUACGACAUUGUUGCACCUGUCAACAUGGCCAAAUUCGACGAGCUUUACCUUGUCAUGGAAAUCUGUGACUCUGAUUUGAAAAAGCUUUGUCGGACAGAUGUGAGCUUGACCCCACUACACAUCAACACCCUCCUCUACAACUUGCUGGUCGGAAUGAAGUAUUUGCACUCGGCGGGGAUCUACCAUCGAGACCUCAAGCCGGCCAACUGCCUGGUGAACCAGGACUGCUCAAUCAAGAUCUGUGACUUUGGAUUGUCACGAGCAAUUGGUGAGCAGCAUGUAGCGGAGGAGCCUGGAGAGGAAAAGAACACACAGAAGCUGAAGAGGUUUUUGACUGGACACGUGGUGACACGAUGGUACCGCGCGCCAGAGCUCAUUUUGUUGCAGGAAAACUACACCGAGGCGAUCGAUGUUUGGUCUGUGGGCUGUAUCUAUGCAGAGUUGCUGGGCAUGUUGGAAGGAAACAAGAUGGAGGACAGGGGACCUUUGUUCCCGGGUUCUUCCUGUUUUCCGCUGUCACCAGAUCACAAGCACAAGACAGACUACCGAUACCACACCAGAGGGAAGCAUGAUCAAUUAAAUAUGAUCUUCAACCUAUUGGGCACGCCAACAGAGGCAGAUAUCAACCUCCUUGAGAGGGAUGAUGCCCGGAGGUACAUCAGAUGUUUUGCCGCCCGAGAUGGUGACGGUAUCAAGUCCAAGUUCCCCUGCGUUGACGACGAUUGCGUGGACAUCUUGGACAAGAUGCUUCGUUUCAAUCCUUCUUUACGCAUCAGCGUGGCAGAGGCACUGGAGCACCCACUCUUUGAAGCCUCGAUCAGAGACAAGUCCAAGGAGGUCACUGCCACGGAGCACGUAUCUCUUGACUUUGAGAAAGAGCCGGAUCUCGAUGAGGCAUUGCUUCGGAAAUAUUUCUGCAAAGAGGUUCAAAAGUUUCAUCCAGAAGUCCUCGAGCCUUGACCGUUGUGGCCAGCUGCCUCCUUUGAAUCCAGACCAAUGCUUAGAAGUCCGGAGCUAGCAGAUAGCUGUACAGAAGGAGACCAAGACUUCCUUCCGCAGCAGUGAAAAGGUUUAUGUUGGAGUUCAUUUAGAAUGAACUCAAAGACAGUUCAAGUUCAGGUCUAGCUGUCUCGUACUAUUUGCUCGUCAGGCUCGUCACUUGGGUCGCUUGGUUGAUGUUUGAUCGAAUCUGCUCGCUCGUCAAGUGUGCUUACGGCAUAGCUCAGCAGCUCGUUGCCCGCGGCAGAAUUUGUUGGGCGACGGCUGCUCAGCGCCAAUCAGGCCCAACUCCCUUUGAGGAGGCUAGGUCCAAUGGCGCAAGUGGACCACUGAGUUCCAUGAUUGUGUAGAGCAUUACAGAAGAUGCCGAGGUUUUUUGUUUGCUGACAAUAGGUGCUCCCAACGGUUCACUUGCGAAGCUUUCUUCUAAUUCCACAUUGAAAUCGGAUAGUCUUGCAAAGGAGGACCUUCUUUAGAACAAGCAGUUUGCUGCUCGGCCAGUGCAGCAGGCCGUUUUCUGUGGGCCGCACAGCUUUGCCCCCAAGUUAGCAGUCGCUGCCUUGAGUGGUGCCUGAAGAAGGGCACCUGAAGCGCACGGUGACCAGUUUGAGGCGUCAGCCUCCGGCGUCAGCUUCCGGUCACCUGAUUAUUUCAAGGGCAAAAGCCUCCUAUGAUUUCGACGACGACACCUCCAAAGAAACGAU